AUGGGGAAGGCGGCCUGGGAGGUUCUCCGUCUACCUCUGACUCCUCCGCAGUCGCCAUGGGGGUAUCUAACUCCAAAAGUCGGCUCCACUCCUCCCACUGCUGCUCCUGGUUGUCCAUCAACUGCCCCCCUGGCUGCUGCGCUCCCUGGGGUGUUCCGGUCACCCCCGGCUGCCCCUCUGCCUGCUACUCUCGCCGGGGUGCUCCGGGCACCCUCGGCUGCCCCCCUGGCUGGUGCGCUCCCUGGGGUGCUCCGGUCACCCCCGGCUGCCCCCCUGGCUGGUGCGCUCCCUGGGGUGCUCCAUUCGCCCCCGGCUGCCCCCCUGGCUGCUGCUCCCUCUGGAGUGCUCCGGUCGCCCCGGGCUGCCCCCCUAGCUGCUGCGCUCCCUGGGGGGCUCGGGUCACCCUCGGCUGCCCCCCUGGCUGCUGCGCUCCCUGGGGUGCUCCGGUCACCCCCGGCUGCCCCCCUAGCUGCUGCUCUCUCUAAGCUGCUCCCUGCACCCUCGGCUGCCCCCCUACCUGCUGCUCUCCCCAGGGUGCUCCCAGCACCGUCGGCUGCCCUCCUACCUGCUGCUCUCCCCGGGGUGGUCCGGGCACCCUCGGCUGCCCCCCUGCCUGCUGCUCUCCCUCAGGUGCUCCGGGCACCCUCGACUACCCCCCUGCCUGCUGAGCUCCCAGGAGUGUCUCACUCGCCCUCGGCUGCCCCUCCGCCCGCUGUGCGGCAUCCCCGCUUCCAGUCCGCCCUUGCGAUUUACGGGAAUGGCGUCUCCCGCCUCGGCCCCGUGCCCGGGCCUCCCCCGACGGCCGGUUCUGCUGCCCCCCCUCCCGCCACAAGGAUUGGGUCCCCGAUGGACUCCCCUGCUGCACGUCCGCCCGAGCUCUCCGCCUUCGUUCCUGCCUUUGGGCUAGGCAAGGCCUGCGCGGAGCUGUGA